CAGCAAUGCCGUCACCUGGGCAGACCCCGACCACUGGAAGCCCCCCAAGGACGUAGGUGACCCCCAGGGCGUGGAGACAGGGAAGAGCCUUGAAUCGUGAGGGGUUGUUAACUCUAAGAUGUCCUUGAGCAGCGGAGCUUCCGGAGGGAAAGGAAUUGAUGCGAACCCGGUUGAGACGUACGACAGCGGGGAUGAGUGGGACAUUGGUGUAGGGAAUCUCAUCAUUGACCUGGACGCUGAUUUGGAGAAGGAUCAGCAGAAAUUGGAAAUGUCGGGCUCCAAGGAGGUGGGGCUCCCGGCACCCAAUGCAGUGGCGACGCUACCGGAUAACAUCAAGUUUGUGAGCCCAGUGCCGGGCCCUCAGGGCAAGGAGGGCAAAUCCAAGUCAAAAAGGAGCAAGACUGGCAAGGACAGUGGGAAGCCGACCCCGGGGUCCUCCCUAUUCACUCCCAGUGAGGGAGCUGGUGGCAAGAAGGAGGCUCAAGGACGCUCUGGGGAUGGCGCGAACUCAGGUGGUUUGGUGCCUGCCGUCACCCCGAAGGGCUCGGAGAAGUCGGCCAAGGCGUCUCGCAGCGUGGCCGGCUCCAAGAAAGAGAAGGAGGGUGGCUCAUCCAAAAACAAGAAGGAAAGGAGUGAGGGUGCAGGGGCUGCGGUGGAGAAGGAGUCCAGCGUGCUGCAGCCCCUGGCCCUGGCAGUGAGGGUGGGACAGUAUGAUGGGGGCCAGGGGACAGAGCCUGCUGCUGCCGAGCAGCUUGGGAGUAUAGCUAUUGACACGGGAGCUGCGCUCAAUCCCUUGGGAGUUAAGUCGGAGCUGGAGGAUGGGGAAAGUGAGUGCCGGCAGCUGAAGAAGGUGAAAUCGGAGAAGAUGGAGUCUCCGGUCUCUACGCCCGCGGUGUUGCCCUUGCACCUCCUCGUGCCUGUGGUCAACAACGACAUCUCGUCGCCGUGCGAGCAGAUCAUGGUACGCACCCGCUCGGUGGGAGUGAACACCUGUGAUGUGGCCCUGGCCACCGAGCCCGAGUGCCUGGGCCCCUGCGAGCCCGGGACCAGCGUGAACCUGGAGGGCAUUGUCUGGCAGGAGACGGAGGACGGGAUGCUGGUGGUCAAUGUCACCUGGAGGAACAAGACGUACGUGGGGACGCUGCUGGACUGCACACAGCACGACUGGGCUCCUCCCCGGUUCUGUGACUCUCCCACCAGCGACCUGGAGAUGCGCAAUGGCCGGGGCAGGGGCAAGCGCAUGCGCCCCAACAGCAACACGCCAGUGAACGAGGCGGCCACCGCCUCGGACAGCAAAGGGACCAGUAACAGCAGCAAGACCCGGGCAGGAGCCAACAGCAAGGGGCGCCGGGGCAGCCAGAACUCCUCGGACCACCGCACCCCACCUGGCGGCACGGCCGAAGACGUGAAGGCCAGUCCCUCCUCCGUCACCAAGCGGAAGAGCAAACCCCUCUCUGACAUGGAGGUGAACUCCAGCUCGGAGGACUCCAAGGGCAGCAAACGCAUCCGCACGAACUCGAUGGGCUCGGCCACCGUGCCGCCCGCCACGGUCAAGGUGGAGCCGGCUGUCCUGGACCGCAACUGCCCUUCUCCCAUCCUCAUCGACUGUCCCCACCCCAACUGUAACAAGAAGUACAAGCACAUCAAUGGGCUGAAGUACCACCAGGCCCACGCGCACACAGAUGACGACAGCAAGCUGGAGGCGGACGUGGACAGCGAGUAUGGUGAGGAGCCCUCCCUGCACGCUGACGUUGGGAGCUGCAACGGGGCCGCCGGCUCUCAGAAGGGCUCGCUCUCGCCAGCUCGCUCGGCCACCCCCAAGGUGCGCUUGAUGGAGCCCCACAGCCCCUCCCCAUCCAGCAAGUUCAGCACCAAGGUCCCCUGUAAGAAGAAGGUGGGUGGGGAGGGGGACACGGACCCAGGUGCCCUGUCCAAUGAUGGCUCUGAGGAUGGUCCGUCGGUGGCUGAUGAGACGAGUAAUGACGACUUUGACUCUCUGGAGAAGCGAUGUGUUGAUAAGGACAAGUCAAAGAAGGCCUCUGGUGCUAAACAGGAGAAGAUCCCUUCCAAAAGCUUGAAGUCUGCCAGACCCAUUGCACCAGCCAUCCCCCCGCAGCCAAUUUACACCUUCCAGACCGCCACCCUCACCACCGCCAGCCCCGGCUCAUCCGCCGGCCUCGCCACCACUGUGGUCCAGACCAUGCCCAACAGCCCCCAGCUCAAACCUAUCCAGCCCAAACCAACAGUGAUGGGAGAGCCCUUCACUGUCAACCCUGCCCUCACCCCUUCCAAGGAAAAGAAGAAGAAAGACAAGAAGAAGAAGGAGCCCAAGGAGGUGGAAAACCCUUUGACUCCUGGCAAAGCCUGCAGAGCGGAGGAAGGCAAGAGCCCUUUCCGGGGGGAAUCCAGUGACCUGGGAAUGAAAGGCGAGGGGCUGCUGAAUGGUUCAUCCGACCCCCACCAGAGCCGGCUCGCCAGCAUCAAGGCUGAGGCAGAUAAAAUCUACAGCUUCACCGACAACGCACCCAGCCCCUCCAUUGGCGGUGCCAGCAGGCUGGAGAACACCAACCCAGCCCAGCCCCUCACCCCGUUGCAUGUUGUCACCCAGAACGGGGCAGAGGCCAGCUCAGUGAAGACCAACAGCCCAGCCUACUCAGACAUCUCCGACGCUGGGGAGGACGGGGAGGGCAAGCUGGAGAGUGUGAAGGCGAAGGAUCCGGAGCAGUUGGUCAAGGAAGGCGCCAAAAAAGCUCUUUUCCCCCCACAACCUCAGAGCAAAGAGUCUCCCUAUUACCAAGGCUUUGAAUCGUACUAUUCCCCAGGCUACCCCCAGGCCAGCCCAGGUCCCCUGAACCCCAGCGGGCAGUCCGUGGCUGAGACACAGGCCUUGAAACUGAAGAAGGACGAGGAGCAGGAGAACCCAGAUGUGAAGGUGAAGAGCGAAGGCUGCGAAGAGAAGAAGGCAGAGCUUGGUGGUGGCUCCAGCCAGCAGCCCUCGGUCAUCCAGCAGCGCCCCAACAUGUACAUGCAGUCCCUCUACUACAACCAGUAUGCCUACGUGCCGCCCUACGGCUACAAUGAGCAGGGCUACCACGCUCACCUGCUGAGCACCAACCCUGCUUACCGCCAGCAGUAUGAGGAGCAGCAGAAGCAGCGGCAGAGCCUGGAGCAGCAGCAGCAGCGGGGACUGGAGAAGAAGGCAGACCUGGGCUUGAAAGAGAGGGAGGCAGCGCUCAAAGAGGAGUGGAAGCAGAAGCCACCAAUGCCACCGACACUGACCAAAGCCCCAAGCCUCACGGACCUCGUCAAGUCAGGGCUGAACAAGCCCAAGGAGCAGGGAGGUCCUGACAUGGCCAAGUCUGUCAUCAUCCCCAAGCUGGAGGACUCGUCCAAGCUGUCCGGCAGCCAGGUCGCCGAGGGGCUCAAGGUGAAGCUGAGCGAGGCCAGUCACCUCGGGAAGGAAGCUGCCGAGACUAAGGCUGGCUCUGAGUGUGGCCGGCAAGCGGAGGUGGACCCUGUGCUCUGGUACAGACAGGAAGCCGAGCCCCGGAUGUGGACGUAUGUGUACCCGGCAAAGUACUCGGACAUCAAGACGGAGGAUGAGCGGUGGAAAGAGGAGAGGGACAGAAAGUUGAAGGAAGAAAGGAGUAGAAGCAAAGAAGCCACAUCCAAGGAGGACGGGAAGGAGAGCACCAGCUCCGAGUGCAAGCUGACCCCCCCUGAGGAGCCUCGCAUGGUGGGGAAGGACCCCAGGCCCAGUGUCCAUGUCCCUGUGUCCUCACCCCUCACGCAGCACCAGUCCUACAUCCCCUACAUGCACGGCUACUCCUACAGCCAGUCGUACGACCCCAACCACCCCAGCUACCGCGCCAUGCCCACCGUCAUGAUGCAGAAUUACCCAGGAUCAUACCUACCCUCCAGCUAUUCCUUCUCUCCGUACGGGAGCAAGGCAUCCGGCAGCGACGACAGCGACAAGUCCCGAGCCAGCCCCAGCGUGAGCUGUAAAUCCAGCUCAGAGUCCAAGGCCCUGGACAUCCUGCAGCAACACGCCAGCCACUACAAGAGCAAAUCGCCCACGAUAAGUGAGAAAACAUCUCAGGAGCGGGACCGCAGUGGCUGUGGGGUGGUGGGGGGCAGCGGGAGCUGCAGCAGCGUCGGGGGAGCUGGAGCAGGGGAACGGAGCGGCGACCGGCCCCGCACAUCGCCCUCCCAGCGCCUGCUCUCGACGCAUCACCACCACCACCACCUCGGGUACUCGCUGCUGCCAGCGCAGUACAACCUGCCCUAUGCAACAGGUCUCUCCUCUACAGCCAUCGUUGCCAGCCAGCAAGGCUCUACUCCCUCCCUAUACCCACCUCCCCGGAGGUGAGAACGGACGUGAAGCGCCGGGAUGCCUGGGCUGUACAAGACAUGUGACUGGCUCACAUGGGGAAGCGCUGGAGACUCCUUUAGACAUCAGUUGAAUGGUGUUAAUUGUUCUGCUUGACGUUCCUGCCCCGAUCCGAGGCAGACUCUGUCUUCUCCCCCCCGUCGGACACACACUGACUGCCCCCCACACCCCCUUUGGUGAGUGGGUGAGCUGGUGCCUGCGGAAAUAUUUAUUCUACUGGGCACCAGCGCUUGGGAUGGAGGCGUCUUGCCCGUCUGGUGCAUAUGAAGAGGAAACAGAAGCACUGAGGUUUCUUGAUGGAUUUGGGACCCCACCGUGUCUCUUUGAGCUGCUGCUUCAUGAUGGGACUCAAGGCAGGCGGGGGCUCGGAGUGUGGGGCUGAGCCUGCUGUGGGGUCUCAGGAAAGGAAGGGCUGGCUCACAUGGAGCCACAAUGGGCUUGGGGGGGGGGCUGUUGUGAGCCUGAAGGUGGUGUCAGCCUGGCUGGAGAGAGCCGUGGGGCACAGGGAUGUGCUGCAUGUGAAGCUCUCCCUCUCCCAGUCCCUCAUCUGGUCCUGCAGCCCACAGCACCCGCUGCUCUGUGUCCAUGGGCAGGAGCCACUGGUGUGUGGCCAAUGGCUGGAGCAGGGCUAGGGAGCUGGGAGAGCUCUUUGCCCCAGUGAAGCAGCCACUGCCCCGGGGGGCCAGGGCUCCAUGGGGCUGGGGGCAAGUGGGGCACAGAGUUUGGGGCUGUGCCUGUCACCCCACCUGGGGCUGCUGGGGUACCCCCGUGCCGUGCACAGUCCAGACCUGCCUGAAGCUCCUGCCCGUCACUUUCAAAUUGGUUUCUGAGCUGUAACUCGGCAACACCUCCAGCCUUUCCUCUGCCCCCCUACCCUGGUAAAUGCUCCCCAAACCCUGGGGCAGCAUAUCCUGCUGGGGGGUGGCUGUAGCUCCCCUUUUUAUCCACGUUUUGCUUUUAGGGCGGCUCCCCCAGGCCGUGGGCAGGGCGCAGCGAAGAACAAGCACACUUAGGUUCUGCCAGAGGCACGUGGGGCUGUGCUGGUCCCUGCUCUGGCCUCGUGCCGGGGCUGGGGGCACCAGGCCCUGGAGGAAGCCGGUCCCUGCUCCCGGCUGUUCCCCAGCACCGAGGACAGGGGCUUUCUGGUCCUCUGCCCCCAGCCCCAGAGCAGCUCUCCCUGGGCCGAUACUCUACCUCGGCCCCGCAGCGGCUGGGCCGCCCCAGCUCUCCCCCCUCUCCUGCUGCCCGGCUGGGGGGACAUGGGGGCCGUGGGUCUCGGUUGUGUGUGUGUGUCCAUGUCGCACCCGGCCCCGAGGGCCGCUGUACGGGGAUGCUCUGCCCGCCGGGCUCUGUACAUACUGUAAAAAGCAAUUGUUUGAAA